AUGAACACUACCCCCGACACUUCUUCAUCAAGCGAUGCCGACCUGGAAUCGCUGAUCCAAAGUCUUCCAGCAUGCCGCCGAUGUCGCGAUUGCCGCCGAGGCUGUGAUACGCUCCUCCCGAGUUGCCGGCAAUGCUCAAAGGCCAAAGCUGAAUGCGUCUUCUACGACCAUGGCAGAAAGGAGUUCAUACCCAGGAGUUACAUAGCUAAGCUUGUCGAGGACGUGCAAAAGCUCUCCUCAGUUGCACAGACUCCCAGUUCCGUCAUAACGCCUUCCACCAUUGCAUCUUCAUCAACCGCAGAAGCAGCUUCAGUCAGUGCCGAUGAGCAUCUCCAUAGCCAUCAUUUCGUCUACGCCAGCGGGAGUUAUAGAUACCUUGGUGCCAAUAGUUGCCUCCUCAGAUCACCCAGACUGCAAAGAACAGAAGCCUCCGUCCCACUCAUCCCCCAAAGCGAGGAAUGGGAACAAGUGGUCAAAUCAUGCACAAGGACGCAGGACCUCGUCCGCACUUACCUUGAUGUAGUGCAGCCUCUCUACCCUGUACUCGACUCAGGCCUGCGAUUUUUGGCACCUCAGCCACCAGAGGAUUUGACCAGCGCUGACCUCUUUGCGCUGAAUAUGGUCUGCUCGAUAGCUUGCUACGUGAUGCCCGAGUAUAAGCGCAAAAGGGAUCCAAGGUGGCACUGGAGUGACUUAGGAAAGCUGGAUUUCCAUCAUUUCGCCUGCAAGAAAUUCCGUCUUCUGGCGCAGAACUACUUUUCUAAAGCUGCCGAGUAUUUAGAAGCGUCGACCAUGGAGAGGAGUAUUGUCACCCUAAGGUCGGUCAUGUUACUUGCCAUCAAUAGCCUGUUCGACCCACAAAGCGGAAACUGCCCUACCAUGGCUAAACCUGACUGGUUGCAGGAAUCUGAAUUAUGUUUUGAUAAGAACAAGCCCGCCCGGUACCUCUGCUCAUUAUUCAGAGCCCAGCGCCGGUUCCGCAAAGGUGACCGUUCUGUCCUGACGCUUCUGCCCAGACUGGACGAGACCGAUGAGCUAAGUCGUCAUCCUUGGUUACGCAUUGUCCUCCAUCAAACGCAUCUCCUCAUGAACCCUAUUUGGCAGUGUGCCUGGUUUGUUCUGGAAGCGGUUGUCAGCCAGGGCGGUUUUCACACCUUCCUCACCCCACAUUGGGUCUACCGUGCUGGAUGUGUGCUACUCGAUAAAAUCAACGAAGUCUACUUUGAAUACCUGGCACAGCUCUACUCGAACGCACUUGUUGCAUUGGAGCUCUCCAGCGUCAAGUGGCCCAACGUAAGCCUAUUGAAGGGCUCCCUAGUAGACCUACUGAAGACGAUGAAAACCAAGGCCUACUGGGGGCACAAGGAGCAAACUUAUUUCGAUUUGACGUUAUAG